GAGGCUGGCCGACAGGUGCUUAGGGGAAGCCCAGAAAGUGGAACUGCACUCGAUCAGAAUGGGGGCCGCUCUGCGAAUAAAGCCGCCGUCCCCUCUGCUGUGAGGCUGUGCUUUUAGCUCCUGGUGACACUAGAUUUGGAGGGUUUCCGCCCGGAGGCCACUACUUGGGACAUCCGGAAGGCGGAAGUCCACGGCCGGAAGUGGCGGAGAGGAAAGGAGAAUGGCGGCGAAAGGACGGAUUUGGCGCUGGGGCUGGGGCCGGCGGUGCCCGGGGAGGCCUGGGCUUCCCGGCCCCGGCCCUGGCCCCACGAUAUCUCUACUUCUUAUCCUGUUGCUGGGGCCUGUGACUGCAGAUAUAACUGACGGCAACAGUGAACACCUCAAGCGGGAGCAUUCGCUUAUCAAGCCCUACCAAGGGGUCGGUUCCAGCUCCAUGCCCCUCUGGGACUUCCAAGGCAGCACUAUACUCACGAGCCAGUACGUGCGUCUGACCCCUGAUGAGCGGAGCAAAGAGGGCUCUAUCUGGAAUCACCAGCCUUGCUUCCUCAAGGACUGGGAGAUGCACGUCCACUUCAAAGUGCACGGCACCGGGAAGAAGAACCUCCACGGAGACGGCAUUGCCUUGUGGUAUACCCGGGACCGCCUCGUGCACGGGCCUGUGUUUGGAAGCAAGGACAACUUCCACGGCUUAGCCAUUUUCCUGGACACGUACCCCAACGACGAGACCACUGAGCGCGUGUUCCCGUACAUCUCGGUGAUGGUGAACAAUGGCUCCCUGUCCUACGACCACAGCAAGGACGGCCGCUGGACCGAGCUGGCGGGCUGCACGGCCGACUUCCGCAACCGUGACCAUGACACCUUCCUGGCUGUGCGCUACUCCCGGGGCCGUCUGACGGUGAUGACUGACUUGGAGGACAAGAACGAGUGGAAGAACUGCAUCGACAUCACGGGCGUGCGCCUUCCCACCGGCUACUACUUUGGGGCCUCGGCUGGCACCGGUGACCUGUCUGACAAUCACGAUAUCAUCUCGAUGAAGCUGUUCCAGCUGAUGGUAGAACACACCCCCGACGAGGAGAACGUCGACUGGACCAAGAUCGAGCCCAGCGUCAAUGUCCUCAAGUCGCCCAAAGACAACGUGGACGACCCGACGGGGAACUUCCGCAGCGGGCCGCUGACGGGCUGGCGGGUGUUCCUGUUGCUGCUGUGCGCACUCCUGGGCAUCAUCGUGUGUGCCGUGGUGGGCGCCGUGGUGUUUCAGAAGCGGCAGGAGCGCAACAAGCGUUUCUACUGAGCAGCCGGCACUCGGCUCGGGGAGGCCUGGUCGUGGCCUCCAGUGCUAAUGUGAACUUUUUUUUUUUUACUGAGAUUGUAAAAGAAAAACAAGAUGACCUUAUUUCUUAACAAUUUCAAAGAAAUAAUUAAAGUAUUUUCGUACCUUUUGCUUCUUGCCCAAGCAGGGACAGGCUGCAGGGGCAGGGAAUAGGGUUCGGCGCCCCGCCCCCCGCCGCCCCGGGAGACAGAGGCCCUUGCCCGCGGCCGGCAUCUCAGGAGUAGGGGUCUGUUCCUGGAGCUGCGCCAAGGCCCCAGCAGGUGGCUGUUGAACACUGGAGACCCCUUGGUUGCAGGGGUGGGCGCCCGAGGACACGGGCAGUGAUUUUGUUCUGUGCCGCACGCGUGGCAGAAGAGGAGGCCGAGCGGGGAACCUAGGCGCACGUUCGCCUCUGAGCUCCCCAAGACAGACUCUUGAAUGAGGCUGGGGGAGCAGUGUGUGGGGCCCAGAGUGCGGCUGUUUGCUGAAUAAAGUAAAAUGA